CAGGAUGAUCACCUGAACAUGAAUACGAAUCGAAACGGGGUGGAUGGCGGUUACAACUGCCGCGUGAAACUCAAGCAGAUUUUAGCGAUAGUGGUGAGAAAAGAAGGUUGCAGGGGAGAUCCCGGCGACUUUUGGAUGUACGAGAAUGGUUACCUACUUUUCCAGGGAUUACUUUCCUCUAAUUCAGUUUGUUGGUGGAAUAAUGGUUUGAAUGGAGCGACGAAAAGUUUAGUUUAUCAUGGAUACGUGAACCCAGGGGCAUUAUUGGUGGGAUCAGAACCAUGCGCGCUGGAAAUAUUGAGAAACGCUUGGGCAAGAAGGGUUCUACAACCACCGCCUGGAUACCAAAUAGUAGCUUUAGAAGACGUAGAACAUUGUGCCACCGCCCCAGUAACCCAGACCCAAUGGACCCCCCUUCCCGAAGCCGUUUGCUCUGUUAUCCUGAGAUUGUCGAGCCAAGGAAGACCGGCCGGCAUCGAAACUAUCAGAGAAUCUUUGAUUCUUGCAUUUCCCCACGUGUCGCCACCUAGCGAGCAGGCCAUGUACGAUACCCUGGUGCAGUUGAUGAAGGAAAGAAAACUGUAUAAUACGUCUAGUGGAUAUUUUAUAGUAACGCCCGAAAGACGAAGAUCUAGGAGCCAGUCCAGAAACCGGAAAAAAGAUGAAAUCAACAUGGACUACGUUCCGAAUAAGUCGAUGCUCAUGUCGACUGAAGAGGCAAUGGCCAUGGUUCAUGGAGAUAUGGCUACUGUAAGGGAUGGAAAUAUAACCCACCAAUGUAUACAGACCAAUUUAGCGGAUGUUAUUUGUGGAGGAAACGCCAGUGAUAAAAUACUUUACCCGAGAACGAAGAGACGAUCCGCGUCUUUUCCCGCCCCCAGAAGCCCAGACCGAAGGGGUUCUUUUCGACUCUGGAGUUCUAGCAGGAGGUUAAGAAGAUCGGCUUCGACUAGGACCAUCGCCAAGCAUUACGUCGAUACCAGUAGCAGUACCGAAUACCCCAACAGUGGAGAUUCGACACCCACACCAAAAAAAGAAUCUUUGCUGUCCAGGCUUUUCCGAAGAUCAAAGCGUUCGCAAUGUCACAUUGGAACGUUCAGUGCUCAAUUUCCUCCUACGGAAUGGUUCAACUCCAAAGCAGUACACUUACAUAAUGUAGGGACCCAAACUUCGGCAACAGAAAAGGAAACGGGUCUCAAUAUCGCCGCCUACUUGGAAACCUGCGACAUUGGCUCAUCGAGAUCCGCCACGUUACCACGAAACCACCGAAGAUUGCCGUCCGGUGAUCUAAACUACGGAACGCCCUUAACCGGGUCCAGAGAAAACUCUCCCGUAUCGAGAUACGCCAACUCCUCGUACGCCACCAGUACCUUACCGAGGAAACACGGCUACAGAAGUAGGGAAAGCUCAAGGAAAACUAGCAGGAGCAGCCUAACCAAGCCCCAGGUCGUGACCGAAGUCAAAGUCGAAGAGAAACCGCAAGAAACGGAACCUUCAUCGAAGUUCAACGAGAGGCUGUGCGUACCAGCUGCAGAAUCCACCAAAACUAGUCAUAGAUGCACAACGAAUUUCAGCUACGAGGAAAACGCCGGUUCACCGACAGAUUCCCCGGUAAAGAACCUCUCCAGCAUAGACAACAGUGGCCCAAGCAGCAUCGAAUCGCACAAGAGCAGCAAAACCGGCAGUUCCCUAACUAGCGGGCCAUCUAGUUUGGAGUCGCACAAGACAGUCAUCAACAAGAGCCUGGUGGAUUCGCCCAUUAGGAUAGACCCGAGGAUACCGAAGAAGAUCCACAGGAAAGACAAGAGCAAGUACAGCCCCAAAGUCAGUACCGCGGCAGCUCCCAAAUCCUCGAUGUCGCACAGCAACUCGUUCACACUCCAAGUGACGACGAACCAGAACGGAUUGAACGUGAACAACAAGAUAAACGCCAGCGCCACUACGGCCAUCAACGGCGGCGCAGGCGGAAACACGAAGAUAUUCGUCCAGAACUGUCCAGUGAGGUCGGUGAUCACUUUCGAGAACGGGCAGGACGACGGGAAUCCCAACUUGGUGAUUAUCAACGGUGGCGAGAAGAGCGACGUAGCGGCGUCAGCGAGCGAGACAGACGACUUCAAACCAGCCAAGAACACGAACCACAUGAAAGAGUCGCUGCACAGCUUGAACAAUUCCAGAGACACGAUUAACAACGAGUCGAAAUUCGAGACGAUGAACAACAGCAGGAAACUCUCGCUCCAGUUGCCGUCUAGGGACAGCUUGAACUACCACAACGUGAUCAAGAACGUCUCGCACAACCAGUUCAAUUCCAACUCGAACCCGGACUCGCCAAUAGCGAACACUUUCAGGGAGAUAUCGAAGACCCCGCUGUUCAAGAGCAGCCCUCCUAGUCCGACGAAGAGCUUCGAAGGUAUCUCGCCGCUCUCCUCUGGCAAGUUCAUCAAGAACGAGGUGGGGUCGAAAACGUCCCUGGAAAAGUCUUUCCAGCUUUUGGAAAACGGCAAAGGCGCCGACAAAAACAUAAUGGGUUCCGAGCCGAACAUUUGCUUUAAAGAACGGACGCUGACCAGAGAGAACAGCAACCAUCAGUUUCCCAGCCUGAGUGACCUCAGCUUUAAUUUCACGAGUUUGGCCGCUCAGAAAAUUCUGAAGGGCGUCAGCAUCAACAGCGUCGAUACGCUGGUCGAAUUGAAUAUGGCUGCCAACGUCGAGAAGCAGAACAACUGCGACGUCGUGCACACGGAUUUCGGAUUAGUGUAGCUUUUCUUUUGCAAACUUUUUGAAGGUAAAGUUCGCAUAAGAGUAGAUGCGUACGCGCUUGAAAUUGAAGAGAUGUCCCUCAUCGGCGUCAAAAUGUACUAAACAUCCGAUUAUCGUGACUUUCAAUUAUGGUGGCGACAUCCUAUGUCACAAAUGGAAAACUUUUUUAGUUAAUCACGUUUCUUGAUGAUGUGCUAUUUGGCAAGACUUCAGAUUGGGUUUUACAAAAUGAAAAAUAUGCAUGAUGGUUGACAACUGACUUUACUAUUUUCUGCAAGUGGCCGCAUAUGAUGACGUGUAGGUCAAUUUGUAUUGACAAGGGUGCGUUCAAUAAUGCCUAACUUCAUAUCAAAUUCCCCUCACUAGAUAAAAUCACAUUCAUUGUCACUUUCAGAAAAUUCAAGCAACCAAAGAUAACAACUUAUUCAUGCAAUGUACAAUUUCACAUGAUAUUUUUUCUUUAAAAGUACCUAUUGAGGAAACGCUUUUUGUGAAACUUUCAUCUUGAAAUACGAACUAACACUUUGUUACACCUUAAUUUGUAUCAAUAUAACUCUAUAUGUUAUAAUGAACACUCCACGUUUUCUUUCCCUCCACAGAAUUAAAAAUGAACAACUUCAAUGAGAUAUAACCGAAACUCUUGACAAAUAGAUUAACAGUUGUUACCUUUAUGUAACAUAACCAUCCAACUUGGUUUUUCUAAAUUUUCCCACCUGACCUCGAUGUCGAAGGAAGAAUUUCUAUAUAUUCAAACCCUUAUUCAGGCAUAGACUAAAGUACCUAGAGCUACUACUAUUACUCACACCGUUGCCGUCCACUGUUACGUUAUAAUGUGUAUUACCAACAACUGAAUCAGUUGACACAAAACUGCUAAAGCUCAAGCUCACAUUUUUUAAUGAUAUAUUUUCACACUGUCUCUUACAUUCAGGCAACGGCACUAUUCGUGUCUUCUACAUCUAUAUUUUCUUAAUUCUCGUGAGGCUUGUCAUCCCUUAACCCUAAAUAUCUGCUAUUGCUAGUUCCUCAGAGGAAGGUUCGACGUUAUCACAAACUGUUGGUAAUCUGGAUUUUUUUGUUGCUGAGGCCAUUGAAUCGAAAAGAAGAAACUGAAUUUUUUGAAAAAUUUCUGUUUCUUCUCAGUAUUUCACCAUCGUCAGUAAUAAUUCUUUAAGAUCUAAAUCCUACUAACUGCGCCAUGUGUUACUUGGCAAGACCUCAGAUGGUGUUCAACUAAUUGAGAUGCGUGCAUGCUGGGUAAAACUGAGAUCAUUUUCUUCUGUAAUUGUCCACGUAUGAGACGUGGCUAUGUCAGUCUCUAUUGAUAAGGAGAUUCACUAAUACCUGACUUCAUAACACAUUCGUGGGAGAGAUUAAAAUAUCUACGUGAAACUUGUAGAAAUACUUGAAGUGAGAAACAUAAAAAUAGCAGCCAGGUAACUAAGUGUGCAUAAGAAGAUAUAUUUUCACUGACGAAUUUCCAGAAAUGAAAUAUUUUGGGUACCAGGUUUUCUCAUUAUGUUUGAUUUUGUCCUGUCCCGUGACAUAGAAGUUUAAUCUCCAUACUGGACGAUUUCAGAAUCCAAAUCCUCUAUGGCACUCAAAUAUUGAAAUUUGCUUGUCAAUUUUUCAAUACAUUGAAGUUUCAUGAUACUAGUUUCCUAAUGCAAUCAGGACUUACUUUAUAUUGCAUGAAAAUAUCACAAAACAAAUAUUGACCCGAGCUUUAUCACUAACCUGUUGAUUUUUAUUUCUAUGUCAAAUAGGAUCUUCAGUUCAAAUUGAAAGGGGUAUAUUUUUAAGAGAGAUUCAUUUUUGAAAAAACAAUUGGAAUAUUAGGAAAGACUUAACAAAGGGAGUUGUAUGCUUUGUAAAGUAUUUGGAUGUCUGAGCUACCAUGAACAUAGUGAAUAUCGCGAUAUGAUAUUUGAAUGUAAAAUUUAACAAGUCAAUGUACUAGUGGCCUAAAUUCUUAAAAUAUUUUUGCGAAAAUUUUAUUGAUUGUAUACAAGGAUAUUUUAGAGUUGUAGUAAUUUUGUAAUUUUGUAUAUUUAUUAUAUAUUGUAUGUAAUUAUUAUGUAUGCAGCUAUCUCGUAACCAUUGUACAGAUUAACAAUAAUAAAUAUUUACCAUUAUGAA